CGCAUUUCCUGAAGUGAAGUGGUGACACAGCAGCACAAGAGACGGUUUGUUUCAUUGGCAUCAGUACCAAAAGAAGAAACUCUUUUCUAUAAAACUCAAAAGGCCAUUGAAGGUUAGUCAAGAAGAUAAAUCCUGAGAACGGCGAUGCCAAAUCUUACCAAUAUGACAUGUCCAAAAUCAGAAAAAGACCAGGUUUUUGUUGCCGUGUAUUCAGUGGUUUUCAUUUUUGGACUAAUUCUCAACCUGACUGCACUUGUGGUUUUCUUCCGUAACUCUAAAUCACGCUCGCACACCACAGUGUACAUGAUUCACCUGGCCUUUGCUGAUAUUAUUCUGGUUUGUACACUUCCUGUGCGGAUCUAUUACCAUGGGGGGUUGGGGGUUCCAAGUCCAACAAUCUGUGAAUUUGCUGGUGUCAUACUGCUAAGUAACAUGUACAGCAGCAUCUUACUCCUCACGUGCAUUAGCUUGGACCGUUGCGUAGCAGUCUGCUUCCCGAUGUCUUCUCGUGUCCGUGAGGGCCGCAAGAAAGCAUGGUGCGUGUGUCUGGGAAUCUGGAUCCUAACUAUCACAACAAGCUUACUGAUCUACUUUCAAGAGAAGCAAAACAAUCAAGAAAAUAAAAACAACAUCACAUGUUUUAGUGAUUUUCCUAGAAUUUCGACUCAAAAGCCUGCUCUCGUUUCCACUCUAAUUGUCGGGUUUGGGAUGCCACUAACUGUAAUGAUUGCCAGCUCAUGGGCGCUCAUCCGAGCUAUAAGUAAAAGCACAGCUGUCCAGACUAGCAACCUAGUAGACAGCGGAAAGAUUAAAAGGAUGAUAAUAACAAACUUGGCCAUCUUUCUGUUCUGUUUUCUGCCAUAUCAUGUUAUCCUUGUGCUAUUUGUUGACUAUAAAAAUUCAUGCUCACUGUUAAAAGCCUACCAGUAUAGCCUCAUGAUAGCCUGCCUGAAUGCAAUGCUGGACCCCAUGGCAUACUACUUCACAACAGAGACGUUUCGGAAAAAAAAAAUGACAUCAAAGCUUUGCGCAAAAAAUGGUAACUGAACAGACACAGCUCAGACGGACAAAACUGCUCAUGUCUGCAACAUGAGAGCAUCAGUGGGGUGUCUAUUCAACUCACAAGAUCAAAAUGAAUGUUCAUGUAGACUAGGUCUCUCAUGCUUACGUCAACAUAGUUUACAUUACCAUUCACAUAGCUAUCUGCUUUUGUAAGAAGGAAACAAAAUGAGAGAUACAGGUGCAUCUAAAAAAAAUAAUUUAUUGAAAAUUUCUUCAUUUUUUGUAAUUUAAUUUUAAAAAGCAAACGUUCUUAUAUUCUAGAUUCUUAGCACACAAACUGAAAUAUUUCAAGAGUUUAUUUUGUUUUCAUUCUGAUGGUUAUGACUUACAGUUUAGUAUGACUUACAGAUCACUGCAGAAAGGGUUGGCUGUUCACAGAGUGCUGUAUCAAAAUAUAUUCAUAGAAAGUUGACUGGAAGGAAAAAAUGUGGUAGGAAAAGAUGCACAAGCAACAGGGAUGACCACAGACUUGGGAUUAUUGUGAGGAAAAAAACUAUUCAAGACAUUGGGAGAGCUUCACAAGGAGUGGACUAAAACUGCAGUCAGCACAGCAUCAAGAGUCACCACACUCAGACGUCUUCAGGAAAAGGGCUACAGCUGUCACAUUCCUAGAACCAAGCCACUCCUGAACCAGAAAAAACGUCAGAAGCAUUUCAUCUGGGGUAAGGAGUAAAAUAACUGGACAAUUUCUCAGUGGUCCAAAGUACUCUUUUCAAAUUAAAGUAAAUUUAGCAUUUCAUUAGGAAAUCAAGGUCUGGAGUCUAGAGGAAGACUGGAGAGGCACAGAAUCCAAAGUCCAGUGUGAAGUUUUCUGAAGUCAGUGAUGAUUCGGGGUGCUGUGAUGUCUGCUGGUGUUGCUCCAUUGUGUUUUAUCAAGUCAAAAGUCAAUGCAGCUAUCUACCAGGAGAUUUUGGAGUACUUUAUGCUUCCAUCUUCUGACAAGCUUUAUGGAGAUGCUGAUUUCAUUUUGGAGCAGGACUUUAGCACCUUCCCACAGUGCUAAAACCACUUCCAAGUGGUUUGCUGACCAUGGUAUUGCUUGACUGGCCAGCCAACUCACCUGACCUGAACUUCUAUGGGUUAUUGUGAAGAGGAAGAUAAGUAAGAUCUGACAAACAAUACAGAGGGCUUCAAUAACCCCUCAGCAGUGCCACAGGCUGAUCGCCUCUAUGCCACACUGCACUGAAGCACUAAUUCUUUCAAAAGGAGCUCCAACCAUGUAUUGAGUAAAUAAAUAAAACCAGCUUUGAAGAUCUUGGACAUUUUUGUGUUGUAAAUCUUUUUUUGAUUGAUUUUUGAGAAAAUAUUCAAAUUUGUUGAGCUGAAUUUUUUUAUUUUCCUGAGCUCUAAGUUAUAACCAUCAGAAUCAAAAAAAAAAAAA